UACUGUUGUUGCACGUUCGUGAAUUGCUUCUCACAAAUUUGCAGUUGCCUCUGCGAGACGUGAAACCCUGACGAGGGCUAAGGAAACGUGACCAGAAGCUUUCUUAAAAUGCGGCUUCAAUUGCCAGUUGGGUGCGGAGUAUGGAGCCCCGCGUCAAAGGUACAACGUGUAACUCGGGCUGCCCCUAUCGCCUGCCGGUCAGCAAGGAGCCGGUGCUCCAUGCGGGUGUCAUGUGUUGCGGAGACUUCGGAGGCCUCCAAGCAAGCGGCGAAGCCCGCUGCCGCACCAAAACCUACUCCUUACUUUAGCACUCCAUACGGUGGAGGACGAGUUUCGUCAACAGACAGCGUCGAUGACGAGGAUGUGCUAGAGCUUAAGAACUUGCGUCAGUACCUUGUUCCCAGGGACAGCCCCUUCAUCGCAAACAACAACGAGGGUGGUGGUUUCGUUGGGGACCGCGACCGGAUUCGGCUACACACCGUGGAAUUCGAAUCGUCAGAGUCUUCCGGUUCCUAUUGCUCACACGGCGUGAUGACCACCGGGGAGGAGGAGUCCUGCGUGCUGCUGCCUGAGUGGGCCAUUCGCUGCGGACCCCGGAAGACCAUCUACUUUGACCCGCAGCAGGUCAGCGCGGCGGUGGUUACUUGCGGUGGGCUGUGCCCCGGCCUCAACGAUGUGGUCCAGAACAUCGUCUACACGCUGACGGACUACGGAGUGCCGGAGGACAACAUCCUGGGCAUCCGCUACGGCCUGCGCGGCUUCUACGAGCGCGACGCCAAGCCCAUCAACCUCACGCGCAGCUACUUGGACGGCAUCCACCUCAAGGGCGGCACCAUGCUGGGCACCAGCCGCGGUGGCGCCGACGUGAAGGAGAUUGUGCGCCGCAUCGACCUGUGGGGCCUCAACAUGGUGUUUGUGGUGGGCGGCAACGGCGGUAACGCGGCAGCCAACGCCAUCCAGGAGGAGUGCGAGGCGCAGGGCGUGAUCUGCAGCGUGGUGGGUGUGCCCAAGUCCAUCGAUAACGACAUCCUCAUCAUUGACAAGUGCUUCGGCUUCGAGACGGCGGUGGAGGAGGCGCAGAGGGCGCUGCUAGCCGCAAAGGUGGAGGCCGGCAGUGCGCGCAACGGCCUGGGCGUUGUGAAGCUGAUGGGCCGCCAGUCGGGCUUCAUCGCCAUGCAGGCCUCCAUGGCGUCUGGCGUUGCGGACGUGUGCCUCAUACCCGAGAUCCCAUUCCGCAUGGACAAGCUCUGCGCGCAGGUGGCCCACGUCUUUGAGAAGAAGGGACACUGCGUCGUCUGCGUGGCGGAGGGCGCGGGCCAGGACCUGCUCAUGAACGGCUCGAGUGGGACAGACGCCAGCGGCAACCCCAUCCUGGCGGACAUCGGCGUCUUCCUGAAAAACGAGUUCAAGAAGUACUUCAAGGGUGACGCCGACAUUAAGUACAUUGACCCCUCGUACAUGAUCCGUUCGGUGCCAACCACCAGCAACGACCGCGUGUACUGCAAGGUGCUGGGCCAGGGUGCCGUACACGGUGCCUUUGCGGGCCUGACGGACAUCACAGUCGGCCUGGUCAACACGCACUACGUCUACCUGCCCAUCCCGACAAUCAUCCAGGCGCCACGCAAGGUCAACCCCAAGGGCCGCCGCUGGAACCGCCUCGUCACUGCUAUCCGUCAGCCGGACCUGUCAUAAGCGGUUAAGCGUGCAGGACGGUAUCCUGCAUUGGGCCCGUACGUGUACCGGCGGGCUACCCUUACCAUUCGAGAGCGUGCUGUGAGUGUCGUUCACUGUAUCUUGGCGUGCAGACGGAGCGUGCUUAACCAGCUUUGGGUCAGCUCAACUUUGUAUCGUCUUGUUAUGCCUGUUGAAGGUUAUUGUGGAGAUUACGAGCGUGGUUCAAACGGGGUACUUGUUUGUCCUUCCCCGCUUCCAGUGCCCAUGAACAGCGUGUGAGGACAGGAAAGUGGGCCAUGGGUCCACACCAGCGUUGUGUGUUAUUGGUAAAUGCGUGCUUACGCUGUCAGGUGUUUAAACGGCAGCGCGUCCCUCGGGACGGGUGUGCAUGUCUGUGUGGUUCAGCGUUGCCUUAACCUAAAUGAAAUGAUGUGAGUGUUCUCAAGACGUUUGCAUUGGUCGUGGGAUUGAUGUACAGGGCUUGGGCGGUAUCGUCUGCAGCUUAGAAGAUGGCUAUUGCAUGCAGUUAGGAAGCGUGAAGAUCUAUACCUGCCCGUCUUAAUAGGGUAUAUUAGCAUAGAAGUACUAUGCAUGGGCGGUCCAUUCUUUUACUCUUUACACAUUGCCAUGGAGCGGGCCCGCUGCUUCGACUGAACCGUUUGGGUAUUUACUGACGUGGCAUGGUAGAUGGUUCCAUCACACGUCCACACGUCAAACAUGUAUGUACGACGUUAGAGCGUCAUCGUCCAAGACAGAUUGCCCACCAAAAACAUGUACUCAAACACCAGAUUGCUGGAUGACUGGGGACAAGAACCUUAGGGAGACAGUAAAUUCAUCGCCAACCAGGCCAAUGAUGGAAAAUGGC